GAAUAUUAAACAAAUAGCUAGCUAGUAGCGACGUACAUUUUCCAUGAAAAUUCUGCCAAAUCUGGCUAUCACAUAGGUUGGGGCCUGUGCGGCCUCAGUCCACCCCUAGCUAGUAGUAAUUAGUUAGCACACGCAAGUGUGCGUUUGCUCAUUUAACUGAUACAGAGGAGCCUAACUCGCGCCUACAUGGCUGUGAGCUCGCAAUUUAGCUAGAUGGUUAACUUGAUGGCUAGCUAGUGAACACUGCUUACUGCAAGCUCAUGGAGUAGGAUAUCUGCGAACUCUUGUCCCUCCGUGCCUAUAUGAAACAUCCUAACGUUAACCAGCUAACUGUACUGAGAAACAACUGGCUAGUAAGUUAUCUUGUGAUAUCGAGAAAUAAAUCAGUCCUGCAGUCAGUAAUAUAGUAACUAGUUGACAAAACAAUCUGUCGCGAAUCAAACUGUUUUGAAUUACAAUGAUACUGUGAAAACAAAUGGCUCCAUUGAAUAACAGGGCAGGGUAGUAGGAGCUAAUUAAUCUGUUCUGUGCUUUGCUGUUUUUCACCUGUCGAAUUACACCUGGCUGCACUGCAGUUAAGGUAGGAAUUACAAGACGUCUUGAUCAUCCCUCUGAAGCUCUCAUGGCAAAGACAAGAAAAGACUGCAAGAGAUGCAACGUUCUUUCAUUGCUCUCUCUUCCCAAUUUGAAUCUUCCUUGCCUGUGACUUCACGUGUCUGUUUUGUAAAGUUCCUUGAACCUGAGUCGGUUGGAGUGUCCCAGCAUCUGACCAACACUGUCUUCGUGGACAGAGCGCUGAUUGUUGUCCCAUUCGCAGAAGGAGUGAUUCCUGAUGAGUCUAAAGCUCUUUCACUGCUGGCACCAGCGAACGCCGUGGCAGGAUGCAUGCCUGGAGGAGGCCUUCUCCCCACUCCGAAUCCUUUGGUGUCCAUGGGAGGCGUACCUCUUUCAGCUCUCGGAAAUCCGAACAUGGAUCACAUGGCUGCCAUGGGCAUGUCUGGCAACAUCAACCCCCAGGCCCUCUCUGCUGACUUUCUGAAGCUUAUGCAGUCCAUGGAUCCUACUAAGAUGAAUCCAAUGGCUGCUGGUAUGAUGAUUAAUCCUGGUAUGAAGAAUGACUCCAACAAGGAGAUAGAGGAGGCCAUGAAGAGGGUCAGAGAGGCCCAGUCACUCAUCUCUGCCGCCAUCGAGCCUGGAAAUAAGAAAGACGACAAGCGCAAACAUUCCCGCUCCAGGUCCCGGUCGAGGCGGAGGAGGUCCAGGUCUCGUCACAGGCGAUCAAAGAGCAGGUCUCGACGGAGGUCCCACUCGAGGAGCAGGAGGCGGUCGAAGAGCCCCCGCAGACGGAAGUCCCACUCCAGAGAGAGGGGUAGACGCAGCAAAUCCAGGGAUAGGAGGAAAGAAGAUAAAUCCAAAAAGCGCUCCAAGACGCCGCCUAAGAGCUACAGCAGCACCAGGAGGUCUCGAAGCAUCAAUCGCAGACGUAGAAGAAGCCGCAGCGCCUCUAGGUCACCAAAAAAGUCCAGGUCCCCAAAGAGGAAACUGUCCAGGUCCCCUUCCCCUAGAAGGCACAAGAAGGACAAAAAGAAGGACAAAGAGCGAGACAAGGACCGUGACAGGGGGAGGAAAGACGUCAGAGAUCGGAGCCAAGACGAAAGAGAAUGCUCCACUAGUAAGAAGAGCAAAGACAAGGACAAGGAUAAGGACCGAGACCACAAAUCUGACAGUGAGAAAGGAGAUGUCAAGAAUGCUUUGCUCUUGAAGGUGACCAGGGAUUACGAUGAGGAGGAGCAAGGCUAUGACAGUGGAAAAGAGGUAGAGGAGGAGAGGAAGAGCGACUCUGAUUCUGCGUCUCCCCCGAAGCCCCAGGAGUCUUACGAGAAGCUUGCAGGGGAGAGCGGCAAGAAGUCCAAACAGAACGGAGAUGACCACCAUGAUGAGGAAGACAUGGAGAUGAGCGACUGAGUACACCCAGGGAAACCCAGCCAGAUGAUGACACUGAAAACCGACAUGCUCCACUCCCUACCGGUCUCUUUUUAAAGGCGUCUAGAUAACGGGUCUGAUCUUUUAAAUGAAUACUUGUGGGAAUCUGGUGGGUUGUGGUCCUAUUGGGGAGAUGUACAGUUUUUAGAGUUAUAGAGACACUUUCCAUCUCUAGACUGGUUAGGGGAAAUAUUGUUCCUGUUUGAAAUAGCCAGUUUAUUUCUGCCUGUGUCUGGUGAGCAUGUGUAGGAAAUCAAAAUAUAAAAUGUCAAAUUGCUGUACUUUUAUGUUGAAGGGCCUGUUGAAUGUGAGGGAUUUAGAAAGUGAUUUCCUUUUUGGGCCUCAAAGAUUUUAUUCAUCUUGAACAUAUAGGAACUGUUUUCUCCUAAAUGACUCACUGAACUUAUGUAUACUUAAACCUUUUACAGGACAGGGGUUGGCCCCUCACCUACUCAGACUGUUAAAUCGUUUUUAGCCUGGUACCAUUCUGGUUUCGGUGUAGCUUUCUAUUCUUUGUUGUAAUCUUGACAAAUUGACUCAAUCUGUAAAGCACUUAAUACUGUUGUAGACAUACCCUUCCACCCGUGACGAUAUACUGUAGAUUCAAAUCAGUGUUUGGAUUAUUAUGAUGGAACACCCUGUACUGUCUACAUGUUUUACAAAUGAAAGUCUAUAAUAAAACGUGGUCAAAAUAA